CAGACGUGAAGUGGUGGCAGCAGCAGCGUCGAGGCGAGCGACGCCGUUCACCGGUUCACAUUCUUCGGUCGUCCUCGGUCGAAGGAAGUACGCGUUCUUUGUUCGUGUUUGCGUUACGUUCGUUUACGAUCGACGCGCAUCUGCGAGCCCUGCUGUCGUUUUCGGUGAAAAUCAGUGCGAUCAGGAUGUGGCGUGAACCUCCAGGAGGGGGGUGUAAAACACCUACCUACAUCUUCACUAUGAUUCUACUGGCUUUACUGGCAUUGACGAAUGUUGCUACCGCUGAGGAUGAAUCUAUGGGACCCGUUUUCGUUAAGGAACCACCAAACAGAGUUGACUUUUCGAAUGGAACUGGAGCUGUCGUUGAAUGCCAGGCUAGAGGAAAUCCCCAACCGGACAUUAUCUGGGUUCGUGGCGAUGGUACUGCUGUUGGAGACGUUCCUGGAUUGAGACAGGUCCUACCGAAUGGAAAUUUGGUCUUCCCUCCUUUCCGUGCCGAGGAUUAUCGUCAAGAGGUUCAUGCUCAGGUUUACAGCUGUCUCGCACGUUCCCCAGCCGGUUCAGUUCACAGCCGAGAUGUUAAUGUAAGAGCCGUGGUCGGGCAGUACUUUGAAGUUCAGGUUUACGACCAGUUCGCGAUACGUGGCAACGCGGCCAUUUUCAAAUGUCAAGUUCCCUCCUUCGUAGCAGACCACGUGGAUGUUGUAGGUUGGAUCGACUCGAAUGGCGGAAGUUACGUUGCCGACGACCAGUCAUACGUUGUCGGGCAGCGGUAUGCAGUGAACGUGAUGGACGAACACGUCCUACGGGGGAACGCUGCUAUUAUCAAGUGUCACAUACCGAGCUUCGUCGCCGAAUUCGUGGAAGUCGACUCUUGGAUCGAAGACAAUACCACUGACAUUUAUCCUAGCCCCGAUUAUGAUGGAAAAUACUUGGUUUUGCCCUCUGGAGAAUUGCACAUUAGAGAUGUUGGACCCGAAGACGGAUACAAGACCUAUCAAUGCCGCACGAAACACAGACUCACCGGAGAAACAAGAUUAUCUGCUACUAAGGGACGUCUCGUCAUUACCGAACCGGUAGGCUCGAAGGCUCCUGCGUUUCAAAGCGAGGCUAAGAGCGUUACUUACGUUAAACAUGCUAAAUCUUCUGUUGCAUUAACGUGUUCGGCUCAGGCUUCUCCACCUCCUAAUUACAGAUGGUACAAGUUCAUCGAAGGUUCUUCUCGUCGUCAACCUGUUCAGCUAAAUGAUCGCGUUCGUCAGGUCAGCGGUACUUUGAUCAUUCGUGAGGCUCGUGUUGAAGAUUCCGGCAAAUAUCUUUGCAUCGUUAACAAUUCCGUUGGUGGUGAAAGCGUGGAAACUGUUUUGACCGUCACUGCACCCCUUGCCGCUGAAAUCGAACCUAGCACCCAGACAGUUGAUUUUGGAAGACCAGCUACUUUCACUUGCAACGUUAGAGGCAAUCCGAUUAAGACGAUCUCAUGGUUGAAAGAUGGUAAGCCGCUUGGACUCGAAGAACAAGUACUUAGGAUCGAAAGUGUUAAGAAGGAAGACAAGGGAAUGUAUCAAUGCUUCGUUAGAAAUGAUCAGGAAAGUGCUCAAGCUACCGCGGAAUUGAAACUUGGAGGAAGAUUCGAACCACCACAGAUCCGUCAGGCUUUCACCGAGGAGACUCUUCAACCCGGACCUAGCAUGUUCUUGAAGUGUGUUGCCAGCGGAAAUCCUACACCUGAAAUUACUUGGGAACUCGAUGGAAAACGGUUAUCUAAUACGGAAAGAGGACAAGUAGGACAAUACGUUACGGUCAACGGUGAUGUCGUCUCUCAUUUGAACAUCUCUAGCAUUCAUACCAACGAUGGAGGUCUUUACAAGUGUAUUGCUGCAUCAAAGGUUGGCUCUGCUGAACACUCUGCUCGUCUCAACGUUUACGGCUUACCCUUCAUUCGUCAUAUGGACAAGAAAGCUAUCGUCGCUGGUGAAACUCUACGUGUUACUUGCCCCGUUGCUGGUUAUCCUAUUGAAAGCAUUGUCUGGGAACGCGAUACCAGGGUACUUCCGAUCAACAGAAAACAAAAGGUCUUCCCGAAUGGCACUCUCAUCAUUGAAAACGUCGAACGAAUGAGCGAUCAGGCUACGUACACGUGUGUUGCCAGAAAUGCACAAGGAUACAGCGCACGAGGAACAUUGGAAGUUCAAGUUAUGGUCGCACCGCAGAUUCUUCAGUUCAGUUUUGGCGACACCUCCCUCAACUCCGGCGAGAUGCUGUCUGUCGGUUGCACGAUCGUCAAGGGUGACUUCCCGGUGACAUUGACCUGGACGUUCAACGAUGUCCCCAUAAACUCGUCCCAACACGAUAUUCAUAUCGUAACUAGUAAGAGGGUCAGCUUUUUGAACAUCGACAAUGUGGCUGCGAGACACUCUGGGACAUACAAGUGCAUAGCGACCAAUGCGGCAGGCUCUGACAGUCAUACGGCUGUACUCUCGGUGAACGUGGCACCACAGAUCGGGCCCUUCUCGUUCGGUGACGAAGCCGCAAACGCGGGAGAAAUGGCGACCGUUCAGUGUGCCGUAAUAAAAGGCGAUCUGCCUGUUGACAUCGUUUGGUCGCUGAACGGUCAGCCGGUCGACGUUACGGACGCGCAGACCAAUCAGAAUUAUGAUCGUCAGGAUAUUAUCGUGAGCAGGAGCAACAAACGAGCCAGCACUUUGACGAUCGAUUCGGUCGCUGCAAGACACGCGGGCGAAUAUUCGUGUACGGCGAGCAACGCAGCCGGAUCCGCCACGCACUCCUCGGUACUUUCAGUUAACGUGCCACCUCGUUGGAUUCUGGAACCUACUGAUAAAGCUUUCGCACAAGGCUCUGAUGCACGCGUUGAAUGUAAAGCCGAUGGUUUCCCGAAACCCCAGAUCACAUGGAAGAGAGCUGCUGGCGAUACCCCUGGCGAUUAUACUGACUUGAAACUCAGCAAUCCUGACAUUAGUGUUGAAGAUGGAACCCUUUCGAUCAAUAACAUUCAGAAGACCAAUGAAGGCUAUUAUCUUUGCGAAGCUGUUAAUGGUAUUGGAGCUGGACUUUCUGCUGUCAUUCUUAUCUCUGUUCAAGCACCUCCUCACUUUGAGAUCAAGCUCAGAAAUCAAACCGCACGACGUGGUGAACCAGCUGUAUUACAAUGCGAAGCACAAGGCGAGAAACCAAUUGGCAUUUUAUGGAACAUGAACAACAAGAGACUCGACCCGAAGAGCGAUUCACGUUAUACCAUCCGAGAAGAGAUUUUGGCUAAUGGCGUUUUAUCUGACCUUAGUAUCAAGAGAACUGAAAGGAGUGACUCGGCUUUGUUUACCUGUGUUGCAACGAAUGCUUUUGGCAGCGAUGAUACUAGCAUCAACAUGAUUGUUCAAGAGGUACCGGAAGUUCCUUAUGGUCUUAAAGUAUUGGAUAAGUCUGGACGUUCGGUUCAAUUGUCAUGGGCAGCUCCAUAUGACGGAAAUAGUCCUAUUAAACGAUAUGUUAUCGAGUACAAAAUCAGCAAGGGCUCCUGGGAAACCGAUAUCGAUAGAGUACUUGUGCCUGGCUCUCAACAAAACGUAGCUGGUGUGUUCAAUCUGAGACCUGCCACGACUUAUCAUCUUCGUAUUGUAGCUGAGAACGAAAUUGGAACGUCUGACCCAUCUGACACCGUAACUAUCAUCACUGCCGAAGAAGCUCCAAGUGGCCCACCAACUUCCGUCCGAGUCGAUGCUCUUGAUCAACAUACUCUCAAGGUAACCUGGAAACCACCCCCACGUGAAGACUGGAACGGCGAGAUUCUUGGCUAUUAUGUCGGCUACAGGCUUUCAUCCUCAGACAAACCAUACAUGUUCGAAACCGUUGAAUUCUCUAAGGAAGAUGGAAAGGAACAUCACUUGCAGAUCAUGAAUCUUAAGACCUAUACUCAAUACAGCGUCGUUGUUCAAGCAUUCAAUAAAGUUGGUUCUGGACCGAUGAGCGAGGAACGAAGACAACAUACGGCCGAAGGUGUACCCGAGCAACCACCCCACGAUACGACCUGCACUACUCUCACUUCGCAAACUAUCAGAGUUUCAUGGAUGUCGCCCCCUCUUAGUGCUGCAAAUGGUGUUAUUACUGGUUACAAGGUCAUUUACGGUCCAUCUGAUACCUGGUAUGAUGAGAAUACGAAGGAUACCAAGAUCACCUCCUCCAGCGAAACCAUUUUACACGGCUUGAAGAAAUACACGAACUACAGCAUGCAAGUUUUGGCCUUUACCUCUGGUGGCGAUGGCGUUAAAUCUGCACCGAUCCACUGCCAAACUGAACAAGAUGCCCCUGAAGCACCAAUCGCCGUAAAAGCACUCGUCAUGUCUCCUGAAUCGAUUCUUGUUUCCUGGCGCCCACCAAAUCAACCAAAUGGAGUAAUAUCGCAAUACACUGUUUACACUAAAGCUGACAAUGUAGAAGAACCAACUAGUCAGAAAGUACCACCAAAUCAAUUAACUUAUGAAGCUACUGGACUUGACAAACAACGUAGAUACGAAUUCUGGGUAACUGCUAGCACGAACAUUGGUGAAGGAGAAGCUUCUAAGAUUGUGACAUUGGGACCAAGUGUACGAGUACCGGCCAAGAUUGCAUCAUUCGACGACAAAUUCACUGCGACUUAUAAGGAAGAUGUAAAGCUACCCUGUCUUGCUGUUGGCGUACCUCUACCGGAAGUAACAUGGAAAGUACGAGGCUCUGUUCUUCAACCCAGCGACAGAUUGAGACAAUUACCUGAAGGAUCUCUGUUCAUCAAAGAAGUGGACCGUGCCGAUGCUGGAGAAUAUUCAUGCUAUGUUGAGAACUCUUUUGGACAUGAUACCGUUACUCAUCAACUCAUCGUUAAUGCUCCACCACAUUCACCACAAGUCACUCUUACUGCUACUACCACUAAUUCGCUUACGAUGAAAUUACGACCUCACCCAACUGACAAUGCACCUAUUCAUGGAUAUACGAUUCACUACAAACCUGAAUUUGGCGACUGGGAAACUGUUCAGAUUAGUUCUACGGCACAGAAAUAUACUUUGGAAAACUUAUGGUGCGGCUCUCGAUAUCAGAUCUAUGUUACGGCUUAUAAUGGCAUUGGCACUGGCGACCCAUCAGAUAUUUUGAACACUCGUACCAAAGGAUCUAAACCCAUCAUUCCUGAAGCAGCAAGAUUUAUUGAAGUAUCUACCAAUAGCAUCACCCUUCACUUGAGCGCUUGGUCUGACGGUGGCUGCCCCAUGUUAUACUUUGUCGUUGAGCAUAAGAAGAAGCAUCAGCAAGAAUGGAAUCAGGUAUCGAACAAUGUUAAACCAGGCGGUAAUUUCGUAGUUUUGGAUUUGGACCCUGCUAGCUGGUAUCAUCUUCGUGUUACGGCUCAUAAUAAUGCCGGAUUCGCGGUAGCCGAGUAUGAAUUUGCGACUUUGACUGUAACUGGAGGUACGAUUGCUCCGCCGGUACGUAACGAUGAUAACAAGAAUACCGACGUCAGACAUUAUUUCCCAUGGUUACCGAGUUGGCUCGAUGUUAACGUUGUAGUACCGGUUGGAGCUACGAUCGUCGUCAUUAUCGUAGGAAUUGUCGUCAUUUGUGUCGCAUUGUCUAGACGAACCCGAGGCCCGGAACAAACACGGCUGCGAGGUAUCUCUUCAGCCGACGAGAAAUAUUACGAGGGACAAUAUGACGUAGUAUAUCAACAAACCGGUGUUGGUGGCGCUACACUCGACAAACGCAGGCCUGACCUCCGAGACGAAUUAGGAUACAUCGCACCCCCGAACCGCAAACUUCCACCUGUUCCUGGUUCCAACUAUAACACCUGCGAUCGCAUCAAGCGAGGUACAGUGAUAAGUACGACAGGUUCGUUGAGAAGCCACUCAACGUGGGAUCCAAGGAGGCACAUGUAUGAGGAAUUAAAUCAUUGUGCACCAAGCAGAAGGUGCCCACCUCCACCGCGUAUGGGCAGUUCGGAGGGUCUCUCUCACAGAGGCAUGGAAGAUGAGAUCUGCCCGUACGCCACUUUCCACUUAUUAGGAUUCCGUGAAGAAAUGGACCCGAGCAAGGCUAUGCAAUUCCAGACUUUCCCUCAUCAAGGAAAUGGACAUUCCGGAACUAUGGGACCACCAGUUGGACAUCCGACUAACGCUUCUGCUCACAGUCGCUCUGGAUCUCAAUCUAUGCCUCGUCAGAACGGUCGAUACUCUAGAGUACCAUCCCAAGGAGGUGGCAGCGGAACCCACGUUUUCUCUCCCGAAUAUGAUGACCCUGCUAACUGCGCUCCCGAAGAAGAUCAAUACGGCUCUCAAUAUGGACAAUACGGUGCUCCUUACGAUCAUUAUGGAUCUCGUGGAUCGGUUGGCCGUCGUAGCGUUGGAUCUGCUCGUAACUUACCCGUCUCUGGAUCACCUGAACCACCACCACCACCACCAAGGAACCAUGAUCAGAACAACUCCAGUUUCAACGACAGCAAGGAAAGCAACGAGAUUAGCGAAGCCGAAUGUGACCGUGAUCAACUUGUCAACCGCAACUAUGGCGUGAAUGCUCGCGGCAAGGACGGCAUGACCACCGAGGAGAUGCGUAAACUCAUAGAGAGAAACGAAGCCACCGGCCGGCAAACCGGCAGCCCCCACGGCGGUCACGGGGGACUCCUCACACCCUACGAUACUGUGGCAGUGUAACCUGUAAAUCCAUCAUCAUCCAUGGUCUUCCGACUCUCUCGUUGACUGCGACCGAAGACUCGAGAGAAACGGAAACGAAGCGCACGCUAACUCUUCCCCCGGUGCUGUCGUCGGUCCAAUUUGCAACGAUUUUAACGAUUUAAAAAAGAAAAAAAAGGAAAAACUAAAAAAAAAAAAACAAAAAAAGAAAAAAAAAUCACAAAAUAACAUCGUCGCGAGUAGAUUCCAGAAUUCGAUGAAUUAAAUUGUACAAGGGUUGUGCACACGUUUAUCAGAUGUACGUACGUACGUACGAGACAACGAGCAUCGUCCUCGCGACGAGGACCACCUCCUUCGGCCGUCCUUGACCAUAUCUCGAAUGACUUCUAUAUUCUCGUUGGCCUUAUCUCUUUGUUUCUUCUCUCAUUUAGAUUUCUUCUAAUUUUUUUCUUUCUUUUCCCUUUUCUUUCAUUUAUUAGCAUUGAUUUUCGCUCAUUAUUUCAUCAAAGGCCAGACUCGAAACUGCCUCUCUAAUUGACUGCCUAACGAGGACGAAGGAGGUCGAAAGGUCGACGGCUAGAGAAAUGAAAAUAAUAACAAUCGAUCAGCGAGUUCGUCACACAAGAGUUGUCUCUUCUCAGAUCUCACGCGUUUCGUGAUACCCGGCACAGGUUCGCGGACGCUCUCGUACGACAGCGAAACAAAACGAAAUAACAAUAAGGAAAUAGCAUACAAACAUAUAGGAAACGCAUAUAUGAAAAAAAGAAAAAAAAAAUAGUAAAAAGACAAAAAAAAAGCAACAACAACAGAAAAAGAUCGCGGGAAAAAAGAAAAGAGAAGCGUGCUCUCGGCGACGGUUCAUUUUCCGGGGGUUUUACGCGGGAAAUCCUAGGUUAAAGGUCAUGUCUCGUUCUAUUGGACGCAUCGAGACGAUAAUAUGAGAUUAGUUACUCGCUUUUAAGUCAUGGUUGUGCCACACUGCCGCUACCCGCAGGCAUAUAUACAUAUAUACGUUACAUAUAUGUACGUACAUAACAUAUAACGGAUAUAACGGAUAUAUACAUAAUAUACGAUUUAUAAUUUCGUAACGAAGGUUGUGUCCCCCCGGGGGUCGAAGAUAUAUCGAGUCUCAAUGUCGCGGAGAGCAAGUGUAGAGAUCGUCGUGUCGUCAUCGUCGUCGUCGUCGUCUUCGUCGUCGUUUUCGUCGUCGUCGUCGUCGUCGUCGUCGUCGUCGUCAUCGUCCGUUGAGCAGAAACGAUGAGAAAGAAAAAUGAAAGAAAUCCAAAUUGAAAACUCUCGCCGAUAGACUUAUCCGAAGGAAGAACGCGGCACGCCAUCGGAAACAUGAUAAAAAAAAUAUAAUAAUAAUAAAUAAACAAAUAUAAUCCUCAUUACGUACUCUCUUUACAGGCUACGCGCACAUAAAAACACAUUUACACUCACAUUGAAUCUCUCGCAAUACACAAGUUUCACAUACAAGCUACACUUGCUGUCGGUUUUUAAUCGUCCUAACAUAAAAAAAAAUUAUAUAUAUAUACAUAUAUAAAUACGUGUAUGAUGUGAAUUCGAUGCGUGUAUACGUAUUUAUAGAUCUACGCGUAUUAUGUAUUACUGAUAAUUAAUUAGUCCGCUCUAAUUACACCUAUAUUAGCCGCGCUAAAUUUUUUGCUCGAGUCGAAGUUCGAAGGAUAACGCGACGAUGAUUAUUAGAGACGUAAUAAGCGAGUCGAAUAAGUAAUAAAGCAUAACGAGUGAAUAAAUAAAAGAAACGUAGAUAGGCAUUAAGUUGGACGGAUGGUCGCGAGACGAUAAUCACCGUUUCUCUCACGCAGCCUAACGAUGUGUCGAUCAUCGUCGAUCGAUAGAGGACCAUCACGUUCGAUAAGAAUAGAGAAGCAAAGUAGAGAAAGGCGAACUUUCCUGGUGAAAGUGUCCUCUCGUAGGAUUACAUAGUGCUUUUCUCAAAAUAUCUAGGCUCUUAGCUAGCUUUCUCAUCUUUCGAACGAUUAAUCUCGUCGUACGAUCGACAUCGCGCAAGGAUGCGAUAGCGGUGCGUGUCUCAUAGCUUGUUUUUAUCACGUCACUAUUUCUAGAUAUAUACAUAUAUAAAUAAAUAUAAAUAUAUAUAUAUACAUCUAUAUAUAUAUUUAUAUAUAUAUGAUUAACGUAACAUAUACAUACGUUGUAAGUAGGAUAUCUCUAGGUGUCGCGUUCAUUUGUCGAGGCGACGAUACGAGACGGACACCGGUUGGCCGAUAAUUGUAUUAUUAUUAUUAUUAUUAUUACUACGACAACAAAUACUUAUUAAUUAUUAUUACUAUUACUGACAUUAUUAAUGCGCGAAGGAAGAACGUUGUCCCUUUAUCUAUUCUUGUCGUGGACGACGGAAAAAGGAUCUCUUAAGCCCUUUUAAUAAAUCCCAAAAAUUUUCAUAUCCCUCUAGGAUACGAUUAGGAAUUUUCUAUAAUAUUCUAAUAUUCGGCCAGCCGGCUCCGACUCGGCGAAGCCGCAGCACUUUACUCAUCGAUGUGAUUUUAGAGGUUUUUGCGCAAAGUCUUGUGUAUGUGUUGUUAUAAUGUAAUAACGAUCACGCUAUAUCAGAUUAAUAUAGCCAUAUUCAAGUCACUUUUACAAAUAACGUAUAUCACGUUUUAAUCACACAAUGCUCGCUGAGCUUUUACGCUUUUAACGCUUUUUCGAAUCUCUAACACUUGAAAAUUAUGAUGAUGAUAAUGAUGAUGAUGAUGUUAAUGUGAUGGAAAAAGAAAGAGAAAAAAAAAAGAGAAAAGGAAGAAAACGAAAACUUCGCAUAGCCAUACUUUGUAAUCGACCUACACGCACUAACUUAGGCGUUAUACAUAUUUGUCGUCAGUGUUUUAAGAGUAAGCAGGUUUAAGGAAAAUUUGUGAUGAUUGCGAUGUCAUUUAGAUCAUUAAAUGGAUAACUUCUUUCUUUUUGUCAUUAACGACGCGCACUAUCGAAAUCCGAAUGGCAUUUUAUAUGCAACACUUUUUUUCCCUGCAAUGAUUAUUUUAAGAAAUGCUGUGAAAACGAUUGCGAUGAUCGAUAGAUCGAUCUAUAUAUAUAUAUGUAUAUGUAUAUAUCCACAUAUAUAUAUAUAUAUGUAUGUGUAGGUCGUGAAAGCUUAAUUGACUGCGUGCAUUUCACACUUUUUCCUUUCUUACGAUAAUAAUGAUAAUAAUAAUAAUAAUAAUAAUAAUAAUGAGCGAACGCGGUUCUUCGAGCUUACUGUGGACGGAGUGUUGUACGUCGUUUUUUCCUGUUACUUCACGAUACUUUUAUUAUCUUUAUUUGUCGUUGUUUUUUCUUCGUUCUAUUAAGUCUAUGUGCUUUUUCUUCUUUGCAUUUCGUUACUGAUAAGAUUAUAUAUUAUGAGAUUUUAUUAUUGAUUCUCGCAUAUCUCCGCGAUUGUAGAGACUCGAGGAUCCGCGCGCGGUAUACCGUUUCCUCAAUGCCCAAUAUUUUAUGUUUUUGUACCAAAGUUGUAGCGUCUAACUUUACGUUAAAUAAAUAAACCGAAAAAACGAA